AUGUCUAGCGUGGCGAAAAAAGACAAGCCGACCAUGUCGGUUACAGCGCUUAUCAACUGGGCACGGCCUCUACAACCGGGGCAACCACCGCAGCCGAUGACACCUACGCCACCAAAUCUGCUGCAACCGCUCCCAGCGCCUUCUAAUAUCGACUGCUCACUCGACAUACAAUGGCUGAACUUGGAGGGUGGCUUUAUGUCCCCGAUGUCACCGCCGGAGAUGAAACCAGACACGGCGAUGUUAGACGGCAUGCGAGACGAUUCUACUCCACCCCCACCUUUUAAGAAUUAUCCUCCGAACCAUCCUUUGAGUGGUUCGAAGCAUCUUUGCUCAAUUUGUGGGGACAGAGCUUCAGGAAAACAUUAUGGAGUAUACAGUUGUGAAGGUUGUAAGGGCUUUUUCAAACGGACAGUUCGAAAAGACCUAACGUACGCCUGCCGAGAAGAAAGAAACUGUAUUAUAGACAAACGCCAGCGAAAUCGGUGCCAAUACUGCCGAUAUCAGAAAUGUCUAGCAUGCGGUAUGAAGCGAGAAGCGGUUCAAGAAGAACGACAGAGGGCAGCCAGGGGCGCAGAAGACGCACAUCCAAGUAGCUCUGUACAGGAGUUGUCAAUCGAACGGUUACUGGAAAUAGAAUCUGUGGUGUCUGACCCUACUGAAGAAUUCCAGUUUCUACGUGUGGGUCCUGACAGCAAUGUACCACCCAAGUUUCGUGCACCUGUCUCUAGUCUUUGUCAAAUAGGCAACAAGCAGAUAGCCGCACUAGUAGCGUGGGCCCAAAACAUACCGCACUUUAAUCAGUUGGAGUUAGAAGAUCAGGUGCUUCUCAUCAAGGGCUCAUGGAACGAACUCCUACUCUUCGCUAUAGCUUGGCGCUCAAUGGAAUAUUUGACUGAAGAGCGAGAGAAUGUGGAUGGAGCGAGCAGCAGACUUGCGUCGCCUCCACAGCUUAUGUGCCUAAUGCCAGGUAUGACAUUACACCGCAACUCAGCGCAGCAAGCGGGCGUCGGGCAGAUCUUCGACCGUGUAUUGUCAGAGCUCUCGCUCAAGAUGCGCACGCUUCGCGUAGACCACGCAGAGUACGUCGCCCUCAAGGCGAUCAUAAUACUUAACCCUGACGUAAAAGGACUGAAGAACAGACAGGAGGUUGAUGUUUUGCGAGAAAAGAUGUUCUCUUGUCUCGAUGAGUACUUGAACCGGACGCACGCUUCAGACGAUGGCCGGUUCGCAGCAUUACUGCUACGGCUGCCUGCGCUUCGUUCUAUAUCGCUCAAGAGUUUCGAGCACCUCUUCUUCUUCCAUCUCGUCGCCGAAGCGAACAUUUCUGGUUAUAUUCGGGAUGCGCUGCGUAACCACGCACGGCCCACGGCCGAUGCCAACAUGAUGUAG